AUGCCCACGUCUACUGGCCAAUACGUCUUGGGACCGAACACAGAGCAGCCAAAACACAAAGAUAACAUCGUCGAACUUGCAAAACGCUAUGGAUGUGAUCAGGACAAUCACCUUGGGGGAAAAGUCCCGCUUGUUUAUAUAAGGGAAACGAUCAAGACAGUGACGACGGCUGUCCAGCGGGGUCUCCCGAUCAAGGAAUAUUUGACUGCCACAGUGGUCCGUACGCUCAUGACGUGUUUCACCGAGCGACAGAUGUUGUACCUUCAUGGACCCACAUCGCAAACAUACCAAACAUGGAUCGAGAAAGAAGCCAAAAUCCGCAAUCUCUCUCCAGUUCAAGAUACUGUCGUCUUGGCUGAUAGUACGACCAGGCUGCAUUGGAUCAAGAAAACCAAGGACAAAGCAUCAAAGGUAGUUUUGCUGUUCCACGGAGGUGGCUACUACGUUCCAAUCGCACCUGGACAUCUCAAUUGGUGUUCAUCGAUUAUCAAGGCUUCUGACUCGACAACAAAGACUAUGGCAGCUGCUGUAUUAGAAUAUGAUCUCACUUCACAGUCAAAAUAUCCUCGUCAGCUUCAGCAAGCAACUCUCGCACUGCAACACCUCUUGCAGCUUGGUUAUCAACCAGGAGAUAUCUUCAUUGGAGGUGACUCCGCUGGUGGUCAUCUUAGCUUGAGCCUUUUGUCUCACUUGAUGCACAAACAUCCUUCAGUGCCGAGUGUGAAUAUCAGUCGCCCUUUGGCUGGAGCGUUCCUAAUCUCCCCGUGGGUUACAGAUGACUGUUCGACAGCCUCAUUCAAAGAAAAUGCAUGGAUCGACAUGCUACCUCACCACAUAAUAACCGGCGUCGCAACUUUCUUCGUACCUUCUCAUAUCCGACGAGCAGAAUCAGCGAAGAAACAAGGCUGGGCGAUGCCUCAAGAUGCAGAUGAUGGUUGGUGGCGUGCGCUGGCGAACGUUGUCUCCAAUGUCUAUAUCACUGCGGGCGAGCAGGAGCUCUUCCGCGAUCACAUCGUUAUCUUUGCAAACAUGCUUCGCCAACAAGCUCCCAGCUGCCACAUUGAGCUGGAAAUCGGAGUAGGAGAGGCACAUGAUCACAUGUUACUCUGGGAGAUGCUGCAUUCUCGCGAGAACCCUGCACUCAGAAGACUUGACAAGUGGUUCGUUACUAUUCUGCAAGAAUGA